AUGACUCGAUCGGAAGGAGGCGGGCGCACGCAGCACUUCUCGCACAUCUUUGCGCGUCUGCAGGAGCUGCAGAACUAUGGCUGGGACACGGACAUUGAGCCCUUCCACUCAUCGUAUGAUAACUGGCAUUUCUUCGGUUACGAGAAGCAAGCGCCCCGGCAGGAUCGCCCUGUGUCAAGAGGAAGGAGCGCCGUAACCUCCCCCACCUCUCUCAAGCUGUCGCAUUCGCCCGACUCCCUGACCCGAAGCCGCCCAACCAUAACACGCACUCACCGCAGUUCGGGCUCAGAUGCGAGCGCCUCCACCGUACAAACACAUCGCACCAACACCACCGCCAAAGGUGUGGCGAGAGAAGGCCGGACCGUCGUAUGCCGUGUCUCGCAGCAGACUCUGCGCCUCGAACGCGAGUUCCAGCUCGCCAAACUCGUCGUCAAGGAGUCGGAUCCAGAGUGCAAGCACUUUGUUCGCCCCAUAGAGUUUGUGAGGCUAUCCACCAAAGCCGGUGAGGAGCCUCUUGUCGCCAGUAUAUUCGAAGCCCCAGGGCCCAACUACCUCAACGACUUGGUCAACUUCGGCCCCAAUUUCUGGAAGGUUGGCAGUCAUGGACAGAGCGGUCAAUCAGAUACUUCAUUGCCCAACAAGGGGAUACCUCUCCUCACCUUCCUCGACUUUGCCGUCGGAUCAGUCGAGUGUCUGGAAAUAUUGCAUCACGGUCACGAAAUCGUCCAUGGCGAGAUUCGGGGCGAUGCCUUCCAUUUCGCUGAGAACGGGACAGUCAAGAUGAUCAAUUUUGGAUCCGGCGCACGAUCUUUCGAGAACGGACUGACAAGCGCGGGUUGGAGUACCCUGUCAAAAGAGACUGGCAUCGAAUUGAAGUUGGCCUUCAUAUCCCCUGAACAGACUGGUAGAAUGCCCGCUGAACCCGACACAAGAACCGACAUCUAUAGUCUUGGUAUUCUCUUCUACACGAUGCUCUGCGGUCAGACGCCAUUCGAAGGCGCUACGGCUCUCGAUGUCAUGCAGAACGUCAUCAGCAAGCGAAUUCCUCCAAUUUCUUCCAGACGACUAGAUAUCCCAGAGGCUUUGUCCGAGAUCAUCCAACGUAUGACGCAGCGCAAUAUUGAGGAGAGAUACCACUCUACUUCAGGCUUGAAAUUCGAUCUCUUUCGUAUCCGCGAGCUUCUUUACGAUGGAGAUGUAGAAGGAUUGAAGGCCUUCCAUGUAGGCACCAAGGACAUCAGUUGCUUCUUCAACUUGCCCCUCAAACUAAUCGGGCGUGAGAAAGAACGCAAGACUAUAGUAGACGUGAUAGAGCGCGUAGCGAGGCAGCGUCGGACUAACGUCAAGGCGUUGCAGAGCCUGAGCUCAGGUUCCUCCUUUUCAGAUCAACGACGAGACCUGCAGUUUGACGACAUCAUUUCCGAAAGCACUAGCUCCAGAGGCUCCGACAGCAGGCUCAACAGCGUUUCGGCAGAUGGCCCUGUAUUCAUGGAAAGCGCUCGGUCGAUGCAACAGGGCUCCCAGGAUAGUGUGGCACAAUCAGAAUCAUCAACGGCUGAGGGAAGUGUGGACAGUCGGCCCCAACUGCAAUCCGCGAGCCGCGGCCGUUCCAACAAUAGCAUUGAGAGCACCGGAAUCUAUUCUCGCAGCCACCAAUCCAACGAUGGCCUAAGAACUCUAGCCAGCACGCGAAAACUAAGGCGCAAGGCGCGAUGUGAGGUGAUAGCCAUCGCCGGUGCCACCGGAUUGGGUAAAUCUCGUCUCGUGCAGAGCGUACAGAGCACAGCAAGGAGCACUGGCUACUUCGCUAUGGCUAAAUUUGAUCCCGCCAAGAAAGCACCAUUUGACCCCAUUCUUCGGCUGAUGUCUUCUUUCUUCCGCCAAAUAUGGUAA